UUAUAUCACUCAACCUCGCCCAGACUUCCAGGUAGCUCUUCGUCCAUACGUGAAACGCUGCCCUUCUUGAACUGCUUCUCCUCCUUAAUCUUGGCCACACUCCCAGACCCAUCGAGGACCAACAGUGCCCUCCAACUUGCCCUCUAUUAGGUCUACCGCCAAAUCCCAACAGCUCCACCGUUCAAGCCUUACUGUCACGACCAUCUGCGGAUCAUCUAGCCCUCGCUUUGCGGCUUAUCCCCUCCUGGCGCUGCUGUGUGCGCGUAGAAGUGAGUGGACGCCGUGUCCCCUCGCCACUCCACCUUUUGCGUCCCUCGACCAUCACGACCAAGAGUCCCCCGAGAUCAUCAAGGUCUCUUAGCCAAACGUCUCUAUUUCCUGAAACAUGUCCGCUAGUUUCAUGGCUGGGCCCUCGAGCGGCUCUGCAGCAGUCUCACCGACCGGAACGAAACCCCAGAUGAGGAAGAGGACCAAGACUGGCUGCUUGACAUGUCGAAAACGCCGAAUCAAGUGCGGCGAAGAAAGGCCAACGUGUGCCAACUGCAUCAAGUCCAAGCGACAGUGCGAGGGGUACAACCCACCUAUCAAGUGGCAAAAUCAGCAAAACCCUAUGAAUUUCAUGACCCCAAUGCAGUUCCACAGCUCCAUGCUGCCCGGCUCACGGCCAGAAUACGGCCAUACCCAACCCAGCCCUCACUCGCAAGAGUUCCAGCGUCCAGCCACGCAGCAUGAAUACGCAAACGUUGGAACUGCGCCAGUCCGUGCAGUAGAAUAUACGCAACAAACUGUUUCGGGAGUCGCAUCCGUCUAUGCGGACGACUCGAGUUAUUUCCAUCACCAGCCUCUCCACACACCGCAAUCCGACCGUCGCGCCCCUACCAGCGCGGCGGGCUCGUAUCAUGCGUCACAGGCCCCUCCCACGCACGCCCACUUUUCCGUUCACUAUGGCCAGGGUCUGUCAAUGGACUACAGCCCGCAGCAGCCAUUCACCCAGGCAGUUCACCAUCAUCAAGCCCGGGUUUCUCAUCCCUCUCAAAUCGAUCCUAGCCUCACGCCUUCACAACACCAUCCGGGUUCCGCAUACGAUCAUUCACAGCGAAGGGACUAUGGGAGAUACUCGGGGCAGGUACCUUUCCAUGACAGCAAUCCGGGCAGACGCACGCAUGUAGAUUUCAACGGAGGCGGCCAGUAUCCUUAUUACGCUGCCACGGGCGGCACACUUCCCCCUGUUCAGAUACCCCAACCCGAUUCCAACCCUGAUGUAGAGUUUCUGCCUCAGCAUGCCCCAGCUAUCGAACAAACAGACACCGUGGCCCAGCCCCAAGAACAGCUCCAGCCCGAGCUCCACCUUGGCGGUUUGGGUGGCAUCGAUCACGCAAGCCCUACACAGUUACUCGAUGAAGCUGCGGUUGAGUGCGAGGAUGACGAUUACUACGAUGUUCAGUCAGACGAAGAGGUGUUGGAUGAGCCGCAUGACGGGAUGGUAAAGGGAACGCAUCCGGAUUUUAGUCUAAUCCAAAGGAUACACCGCGAAAGCAUCGGUCACUCGGAUAUACGACGCUUCGACUCGUUCAUCUAUGAGGGCAUUCUAACGUCCUAUCGGCCGGAGCAGGUGGCCAGCCCCCUCAAGAACCCCAAGACGGCGAGGGUAUUCAUGCACUUUAUUCAUGUCACUGGCCCGACCUUGUCCAUCUAUGAACGGAACCCGCGCAACCCUGCUCUGCUCUACGGGGGUCAGCUGCCUCCGCCUCCCUCACAGCAGAGUCUGUGGACAUAUACACUGCCGCAGCAAGCGUUGAACAAUCAAGGACUGCUGCACGCCAUGCUUGCAUUGUCGAGCGUGCAUAUCGCGAAGCUUCAAAACGCUUCUGUAACGCCCUCUUGGAAGCACUACGCCUACUCACUCAAGCAGCUAGGCCGCGCGCUCACCGACCCCAACAAGCGCCUUCAAAUACCCACGCUCGCUACGGCACUCUUACUCGCAUACUACGAAGUCAUGACAGCGGAAAUGGUCAAAUGGUCUACCCACUUGGCCGGUGCAACACAGCUCAUCGCCGAGUUGGAUUUUCGGACGCUCACUCAGCACGCGCGGCAGUUCGUCGCCUCUCAGACUGCACAAGCGGAGAAGGCUCUCCCACUGCAGCAAAAGACGGUGAUAGGACAAGAGCACCCAAGAGACACCCCAGUUCCUGAUGAAAAUCUUGUGAGCACUAUUGCGGGGUACAAGGUCCGUUAUGACGAUUUCGGUGUGGUUCUGGAGGAUCGGCAUCAGAGGAAAAGGACCAACGCCGGAAAGUUUGACCUUCAAAGCCAUGAGACGCUGCAAGAUCUUUAUUGGUGGCAUUGCCGACAGGAUAUGAUACAGAGCAUAGUCAGCGGGAAUCCAUUGGUUAUGCCCUAUCGGAAAUGGUCAGACUGUCCUCCUCGCGCACCUCUCGGCCGCAUUGAUGCCCUCUAUGGCUCGCAUGACCAUAUCAUACUGCUUAUUGCUCGCAUCGCGGAUUUCAUUGUACGCGACCGGGAACGCAAGAUCAAGCAAGUUGAAGCAAACGGCGGACAUUGGAUACCUACCCCUGGGGUGCCAGGCCUGGGUGCUAUGGGACCUCCACCUACUCACGCCCAGGGCCCGCGAGGGCCUCCUUCUAUCCCUUCAGUGCCUAUGGGCCCGCCGCCGCAUAUGCAAACCAUGGGCCCUCCUCCCGGAUGGAAAGGUCCGCCGCCGCCUGGCUGGAGGGGAGGACCACCUCCAGGCUUCCAGAGUCCUCCACCAUCAGCGUCUCAAGGUCCUGCGUCCGCAACUCAAGGUCACCCAUCAGGCUGGACAGGCCCUCCACCACCCGGUCGCAAAGGCCCUCCUCCAUCAUCAGGACUUCCAGCACAAUCGCCCAACUUUCCCGGUCCCGCCAAUCAAUCGCAGGGUUCAACGCCGCAAGAAACUCGCGGCCCUUCCGCAUCAGCGGCAGGCCCCGGAUUCUACGGCAUGGCGCCUUCACGACCUCCUGGACCUCUUCCAUCCAGCUACGCCAAUCCCAACAGAAGCGCGUCCAAGUCCCCGCCCGAUCCACCGGGAGACUCGCAUGCCCAAUUCUCCGACCUCGCCGCGGCAUACCAAGCCGCCCUCGAGGAAUGGAACAGCAUCUCGCACGCUCACGCCACUGUUGCCUCCCUCCUCUCCAGCAACCCCGCCUUCGCUCCCCUGACAGCAGACCUGUAUCCCGCGACCACCCCGGGCGGCACUCCAGCAACGACGCCGUUUGGGCCCGCCCUCAUCUAUAGAAGCUACGACAUCAGCAUUCUCUGGACGUUGCUUCAUCUCGCUCAGAUUCUCCUGCUGCGGUCUCACCCGGGCAUGCCUCCUGCGGCCAUGGUUGCAGCCGCCGUCGGCGCGGCAGCCACGCAGCCUUAUGCCAUGCUUAUCGGAAGAAUCGUUGCGGGACUGCCCCUGUCCCCUUCCUUUCCGGCUUCCUCUCUGGGUUCCUCAACAGAGCAAGCUCCCGCACUCACGCCGGCACUCGGCGCAGCCCACAUAGAGUCGUGCAUCAGUUUGUUCUUCGCGGGUGUGCAGUACCAGGAUCCGGCACAGAGGGAAUGGCUAAUCACCCGGCUUCUGGAGAUCGACAAGCGCACAGGUUGGGCGAGUGCGAAUGUGAUUGCCAGGAGCUGCGAGACAGCGUGGGAGAAGGCAGGAGAGGCGGGAAGGGGACCGCCGUAUGUGGAGAGGAGGACGAGGAGGUUCGGAGAGGAGGCUGGAGGGGCCGGUCAGAGGAAGGGGAAGGGGGAGGAGAGGGCAGGGCACAAGGGUGGAUCGGGACAGCUACUCAGGGAGCGCGGCCAACAACAGCAUCAUCACAAACCCCAGAAGCCACCAGAUAUCCACCAUGCGGAGGAGUGGGACGAGGGCGAGCGCCGCUAUGUGGUUCGCCAUCGGGCUGGGUUUGUGCCAUGGGCCAUGAAUCUGCUGGCGGACGAGCGGGACAUUCGCGUGAGGAUGGAGAGUGUGGCUUUGGUUGAUAAUGAGGAAAGUGGAAAGACGAGGGAAGAUGGCGGGCCGUGAGGAAACGGGUCAGGGGUUAGGGCUGCGGUUCCAGGUCAUGGCUUCGGACCUUGAAUUUUUGGUUGCUGCAUCGUCGAUGAUAGCGUGGCGCUGUUCGGUUUGUCUUCGCUCCUCCUGUCCCUUUGAUCAUCUUGAUGACGAGUGUGCUUGGCAUGCUUGCCGGAAAGUAUUUGUAGUGUCCAAAUCAUGUGCGAUAUUCUAGCCAAGAUUCAAGGCUACAUCUAGGGUACCUGCAAUGGCUCGCAAUGUUGAACCUUCGAUUUCGCAGCCGAGGAUCCGUGAACCUCACUCUAUACGUAACUAUAGAGAAGGACAAAUACAUAUAUAUUAACUAGUAGA